AUGUCAUUCAACAGUUUUAAGAAACAAAAAGUGAAGUUAAGUGAGCUGCAUAAUACUUGCGGCAUCUGUAAACCAAAUUUAUCCGCAGAAAGCUGUAACCUCACAGAUUUGCUUCGAACAAUUGUGUGCAUUAAGUUCGAUCAAUUUCUGGCAUUAGAGUUACCUCAUUUGGACGUUAAUUUCACUUUUUGUAGGGUCAAUGAAUUGUCAGUAUAA